AUUUUAAGAGAAUUAAAACAUGCUUCUCUUGAUAAAAGUCAAAUUCAUCCUGUAGAAGUACCAAUGCUUAUUAAUACUUCUUGGGAUAAAUGUUUCUCUAAAACUCAUAAACUAUAUACUGAAGCAAAGUAUAGUGAACGAAUUAAAAUGCUUGCUUAUUCUUAUCAUUUAAGAGCACUAAUAUUAGCUUGUCCUCAUAAUCAAGAAAUAGAAAUUAAUUCUAAAAACAGAGCCAUGUGGAUUAGAAUUUAUCAUCUUUUCAAAACAGUUAAAUAUCAUAAUAUUUAUAGAACAAAGAAAUUAAAAUCUAAAACACAUAUAUUAUUUGAAUGA